UGAGUUGGGUCGAGUAUGAGCUGUAUUCUCAAUAUACCCAACGGCGACUCCCUCACAGUUAUCAGCAAAUCUCGGUCCGUCGGACGAGCCAUGGUAGCCAUUAUCAUACUCCUCUACAUUACUACGACCAUCGGGAUCGGUGUCACGGCCGUUAUGGGCACUGUCCUUGCAGACUGCACCAUGAUUUGGCGUUGCUGGAUGGUUUGGGGGCGACGUUGGCUCGUCGUUCCAUUUCCGAUCCUUUGUCUUGCUUCUCUGGAGAGUUUCAAAAUCUUUGAUAUCACCGGAGAUUCCCCCUCCUGGGAUCCAUUCGACAAUCCCGUAGUGAUUUACAUAUCCUGCAUUAUUGCUACGACUCUAUGGUGCACCGUUUCAUUAAGAGAGGGUGGUGGGCUUGGAGAGUAUCGCCAUGUCAUUGAAGUCUUCAUUGAGUCCUCGGCUCUCUACACUCUGACUUUGAUCAUAUACAUCAUCUUGAAAGCGAUUUAUAACUGGACGAGCGGUUACUUUGACAUUCUUGCUGAAAUCACAACAGGAAUUGCUCCAACUCUUCUCGCCGGACGUGUAGCAGCAGGUCAUGCUCAUAGCGCCCAGGAGAAUUCCAUGGCAAACUAUAUUCUCGACAACGACCAAGACGCUCAUCCAGACCGAGUAGACGAGCUCGAGAUCGGCACUGAAAGAGCAUUUAAUGGGCUAAUAGAGUGAUGCGGGUUACGUUCGGUUUUUCUUUCUAGCACCGUUUCGAGCCGUCUUAUUUGCGUGGCAAAUCAUACUCCCCUAUCUGGUUUACUAGCUCUUCCAACUUCUUCUCGUUAUCCCGCCUAGCUCUAAUGAUUUUUAUUACCAGACCGUUCGUAUUUUGUGGAAGGCAAUGUCGAAACAGAGGUGGAAUAAACUUGGACAUAUAAACUUGGCUAUGAUUAGGACUCUGAUAUUCCAGUAGCGUUGCAUACUGAUCAAACGCUUCCUUGAGUAUAUAGGUAUCUGAUAGACACCGUAUGCAUGGAAUUCCCUC